UCGCCCGAAAACUAUCUCUACUCGUUCAAUGUAACAUGUUCUCUGGACUUAAUCAAAUACAUUUGUUACCUUUGAUCUUUCACUCCACCCCAUCAACACGUCUAAGUGAUCCUCAAAGACGGGUAUUUGCCACCAUUUGCGUAGCUUAGUCAGUAGGGGUGGAGCAUUCGGGCGUUGUCGUAGAUAGCAGGUUGAGACCAUACCAACUUCCGUCUGUCAGAGAUGCAGCAAGGCAAGGACGAACUAUUCAUGCGGCUGGGGACCCGGGAGAGGCGAGAGUGGCUGCAGACCCCGAGGGGGCGAGAGUGGCUGCGGACCUGGGAUGGGAAAGACUGGCUGAAGAUCCCGAAGGGGCGAGAUAUGUUGCAGACUCAGAUCAGGAGAGAGUGGUUGCGAACCCAAGGCGGGAAAGACUGGCUGCGGACGCAAGACGGGCGAGAUUGGCUGAUGAACCAAGACGGGCUCGACUGGCUGCAAACCCAAGGCGGGCUUGACUGGCUGUCAAUGCACACCCAGGAUGAGAGAGAUACCCCAUUUAUACCGCAGCUACCGAGUGAACGAGAGUCGCUGGGGAACAAGGGCAGGCAGGUGUGGCCGCAUACCCAGGGCGAGGGUUAUAUACCGCGCAUGGGAGAUAUACCGGAGCCACAAAGUAGAGAGUGGUCGGAUACGCAGGGAGAUUGGAUUCAGCCUGGGAGCUGGCGAGACUGGCUGGGCAGUGGAGAGUGGUUGCAGACCCCAGCUGGGCAACUUUGGAUACAGAUCCAGGGGAGACGCUGGUUACAGACUCAGAGUGGGCAAGAUUGGCUGCGGACCCGGUGCGGGGGAGACUGGCUGCAGACCCAGAGUGGAGAAGACUGGCUGCAGUCACAGGACGGGAGAGUCUGGCAGCAGACCCAAGGCGGCAGAUAUGUGCUACAGACCAAAGCCGGCCUAGACCGGCUGGAUACUCCCAGCGGUCGAGAAUAUCUCAAGCACCAGAGACCGGGCGGGUGGCUUUAUUCCCAAGGCAGCGAUUGGCUGCAGAGCCAGGGUGGGCGAGAUUGGCUACAGACGCUUGAUGGUCAAGCAUAUCAGUCGACUUGUGUAGAAUUUCUCAGCAUUGACUUUUUCGCCCCUCCGACUUUUCGAUCCGAAGAUUUCGCCUCAUGGAACUCCAUUUUGCCGAAAACCCCACCUUCUGUAAUCGAUGAUGAUGUCGCUAAGCUCACUGCUCAAGCCGCUGUCAGUCAGACCAUCCAUCCGUAGCCCUUACAACGACAUCACAAAUCACUCGGCACUGUUCGAUCAAUCCACGGAGAUCACCCGCGUUAUUCAGGGUAUUCUAUAUAGAGAUAUCAGAAUGCCAUGUAGCCUAAAGUCGUCCAAGAAUAACUUACUUUUGCGAUGCAAGAUGUUCGAAACUGUAGAAAGAAUGCUU